GCCAUGAGGGGUGACUGAGGGACGGGGGGGCCAUGAGGGGUGAUUACGGGGGGCAGACUCCUCCUCCUCUGACUUUUGCUCCUCCUCAGUGAACGUGGUGGAAGCUCUGCAGGAGUUCUGGCAGAUGAAGCAGACGCGGGGGGGCGGACCUGAAGAACGGCGCCCCCUGGUGGUCUAUGAGAUGGUCCCGUCCAGCAGCCCCCCGUAACAUCUGCUACGUCACCCUCCCCGGGGGCAGCUGCUUCGGGAGCUUCCAGUUCUGUCCAACCAAAGCUGAAGCCAGGAGGAGCGCGGCGAAAUCGCGUUAAUGAAUUCCGUGUUCAACGAGCACCCUUCCCGCAGGAUCACCGACGAAUUUAUCGAGAAGAGCGUCUGCGAAGCCCUGGCCACGUUCAAUGGGAAUCGCGAGGAGGCCGACAACCCCAACACCGGGAUCGGAGCGUUUCGGUUCAUGCUGGAGGCCAACAAAGGAAAAUCCAUGCUGGAGUUCCAGGAGCUCAUGACGGUCUUCCAGCUCCUCCACUGGAAUGGCAGUCUGAAGGCCAUGCGGGAACGGCAGUGCUCCCGUCAGGAGGUCCUGGCCCACUACUCCCACCGGGCCCUUGACGAUGACAUGAGAAACCAGAUGGCGAUGGACUGGGUGAACCGGGAGCAGGACUCUCCAGGAACCCUGACACGGGAGCUGGCGGCCACCGAGAGGCAGCUGGACGAGGCCCGGCUAGCCGGGAAGGAGCUCCGUUACCACAAGGAGAAGAGGGACAUCCUGAUGCUGGCCGCAGGACAGCUGGGAAACAUACACUCCUCCAACUGCUAG